AUGUCUAGAGUUUUGUCUUCCAAGCGUCCCUUAUCUAGACGUUUAGCUGGUAUUUUACCUCCUGAGAUACCUUCUUUGCCUGUUUUGCCUGCUUAUGAUGAUAUUGGUGAUUGUAAUUUUGUUUGUGUUUCGUGUUCUGCUCUGUUCUGGUUUGAUGAAAGGGUUAAGUAUUUAUCACGUCCACAGUGUCCUGCUUAUAGCCGUUGUUGUAGGUCUGGCUCUGUAGUCUUGCCGUAUUCGCUUGCACCUCCUCAGUUGUUAACGGCUCUUUAUGAUUUCCCCCCUUUUAUAAAAAAUAUUAGGGGUUAUAAUAAUAUCUUCAGUAUGACCUCUUUUGGAGGUAAAGUUGAUGAGGAUGUUAAUAAAACGGCUGGUCCUUAUGUGUUCAAGGUUUCUGGUCAGGUUUGUCAUUGGAUAGGUGCCUUUGAUAUACCUGAUGAAAAAGGACCUAGAUUUUUACAGCUUUAUAUUGUAGAUACAGAACAUGAAUUACAGAAUAGGUUGUCUGCAGUUGAAAGGAAAGACGGUCAGUCUUUAGAUCCAAUGAUUGUUGAAACUCUUAUGGGUGUUUUCAAUAUUCAUAAUGAGUAUGUAAGGACUUUUAAGACUGCCAAAGACCUUGCUGUUGAAAACAGUUUGGUUGACUAUGCGGUUUGUUUGUUUAAUGAUGUCCCUGGCCGUUUAUAUGGACCUCCAGCUCAUGGUACUUUGGGUUGUAUUGUUGCUGGUGAAGACGCAAUAGGCAGUACAUACGACAUAGUUAUACAUUCCAGGAGUGGUGUUCCACGCAGGAUUAGCAAACUUCAUCCUAGCUAUAUGGCUUUGCAGUAUCCUGUCCUUUUUCCGUAUGGUGAAACAGGUUGGUCUCCGCGUUUAAAACUUCAUGAUGAGAGAAGCAGUAAGGUUAGAAAUCUUACUAUCAAUAUGUAUUAUAGUUAUCAGAUACAUGCAAGGAAUGGUGUAUGGUCUCUUUUGUUAAAUUCUUGUAGACUGUUUCAACAGUAUCUGGUGGAUGCAUAUGCAUGCAUCGAAUUGUCAAGGCUUGAUUUCUAUGAACACAAUCAGAGCCAACUCAGAUCAGCGUAUGUUAGUGGCAUUUAUGAUGCACUUUCACGUGGUGAUACUGAAAGUCGUUCUGUUGGUAAGCGUGUUUUUUUGCCUCCAUCUUUUGUUGGUGGUCCAAGAUACAUGUACAGUCACUAUCAGGAUGCUCUUUCUAUCUGCCGGGAAUACGGGAAUCCACAGUACUUUAUAACUUUUACGUGCAAUGUUGGAUGGCCAGAAAUCACACGUUAUAUGAAUUCCCAUCAUCAAACUGAUGUUGGUAGUAGAGCUGAUAUAAUUUCACGGGUAUUUCAUAUGAAAGUCACUGCAUUCAUUGCAUAUCUGAAAUCUGAUAAGACUUUUGGCCCUGUUUCAGCAUGCUCACAUAAGAUAAAAGAUCCUUCAAAAGUUGAUGAUUACAUUACUGCCGAGUUGCCUGAUCCUGUUUCAGAGCCACUAUUAUAUGAAAUUGUUACCAGGGACGGCUACGCUCAUUAUAAAAGAAAUUCAAGUUCACUUCAUAUGUUGCAGAGUGGUAUACAGAUAGAUAACAGAUACAUAGUUCCGUAUAAUAAGAGGUUGUCCAGUCGUUUCAACGCACAUAUUAAUGUUGAGUAUUGCGGGUGGAAUAUGAUGAUUAAGUACCUGUUCAAGUAUGUAUCGAAGGGAAUGGAACGGGUCAGAUUUGUUGUUCAGAAAGAUACUCAAUGUGCUGAUACGUCUGUCUCUGGACAAUGUAUAGUUGUUGACGAGAUAAAAAAUUAUAUUGAUGGGCGUUUUCUCUGUCCCCAUGAGGCUACAUGGCGGAUACUUGAUUUUCCUAUUCAUGAGCGUGAUCCCCCUGUUAUUAUUCUUCCUGUCCAUUUGUCGAAUAUGCAGUCGGUAUUCUUUAAAGAAAAUACUCAAAUCAAAGAGGUAGUCGAAAAUCCCACCUUUGGUAUUAGGGAAAAAUGUUGGAAAAGAAGAAGGCGUUCAAACUCCCGUGCACUUGGUAGACUUAUAUUUGUCCACCCAACUGGUGGAGAGUUGUUUUUCUUGAGGAUGUUGCUGUCCCACCAAAAAGGUUGUAAGUCAUAUGAAGAGCUUCGCACUGUGUCAGAUGUAAUGUACGAUGAUUUCCGUAGUGCAUGCAAUGCAUUAGGGUUGAUUGGAGAUGACAAAGAAUGGAUGGAUGCUUUUGUGCAAGCUUCUGAGUGGGCGACUUCAUCUCAGUUGCGGUCUCUUUUCUGUUAUCUUCUGCUUUUAUGUGAUGUUAAUGAUCCCAUGUGUUUGUGGGACAUUGGAUGGAGAAAAAUGAGUGAUGACUUAGUUUAUAGGAUGCGGUCAUCAAAUCCUACUAUUGAGUUGAAUAUAGAUGAUAGUCAUAUACAACAAUUGGUCUUAUUUGAAUUAGAUCACAUACUAAGGUCGUCUACUCCACCACGAUCUAUUUUGGACUUUCAUCUACCAAAACUAACAGAUAGCAACAUCACACUGUUAAAAAAUCGUCUCUUCCUAGAAGAAAGUUCUUAUAAUAAGGCAGCUCUUAUGUCUACUCAUGACCAUAUGUUGCCACUACUGAAUAAUGCACAGCUGCAGGUGUAUAAUGACGUUCGCUCUGCAGAGGAAACACAACAACAAGUGCUUAUAUUUGUUUAUGGUCAUGGAGGAACCGGCAAAACUUUCUUGUGGAAUACAUUGCUUGCUUAUUUCCGUUCAAGAGGAAAAAUAGCACUAGCUGUUGCUGCCUCAGGAAUUGCUUCUUUGCUUCUUCCAUCAGGAAGGACAGCUCAUUCCAGGUUUAAUAUUCCAAUAGACUUUUCAGAAAAAACCGCAUGCAAUAUAAGAAAACACACAAUGCUUGCUGAGUUGCUAAAGCAAACUUCUAUUAUCAUAUGGGAUGAGGCGCCAAUGAGUGACAGACGUUGUUUUGAAUGUCUAGAUCGUUCUUUAAAAGAUAUACUUGACUGUGAAGCAAAAACUUUUGGUGGUAUGUCUAUGUUGUUAGGAGGAGACUUCCGACAGACAUUGCCAGUGUCCCCAAAAUCUACACCGUCUGAGAUAGUUUCUCUAACUCUACCCAAUUCCUAUCUAUGGCCCUAUUUCAAAUUAUGUAAACUAAGUGCCAACAUGAGACUUAAGGAUUCAUCUAUGUCAUCGAAAAUAGAGUUAAAUGCAUCAGAUUUUGCGACAUGGCUGGUUCAGGUUGGAGAUGGUAGGAUUGGUAAUAUGGAUACUGUUGAUAGGAUAAAUACUAAAUGGAUUGAAAUCCCUAGGUCACUCCUUAUACCUCCAUCGGAAAACGGGUUAGAUUCCCUUAUAAAUUUUGUUUAUGGAGAUAUCUUUCAAACCAAUGUCUCAACAAGCAUGUUAUCUGGCAGGGCAAUAGUUUGUCCCAAAAACGAAACAAUACAACACAUAAAUGAUAUUGUUAUGCGUAAAAUUCCUGGGGUUUCAAAGAUUUACGAGAGUGCUGACAGCAUUGAAUUUAACGGGAAGCAGACUACAGAGUUUAAUACAUUUUAUCCGUUGGAAUAUCUUAAUGGACUUACAUUUCCAAGCAUACCUGCACAUUCACUUUUAUUAAAAAUUAACACACCUAUAAUGCUAAUUCGAAAUAUAAAUCAGAAAGAAGGUUUGUGUAAUGGUACACGAUUAAUGGUCUCACAGUUGUUAUCAAAUGUGAUUGAGGCAUCAAUUAUUACUGGAACCAGCAUUGGGAAGAAGGUUUUUCUGCCUCGUAUUAGAUUUAUUCAUAAAGCUCCUGAUAUACCUUUUACAUUCAUAAGAAAGCAAUUUCCUGUUAAAGUUUGUUAUGGUAUGACUAUUAACAAAAGUCAAGUUUUAACCAUGUCCCAAACAGUAACAACAGUUUCCAAUCUACAUUAUGGAUGUCCAGGAACAGCAAUACAGCUUCGAAUAUUGCGAAUGUGGACUCCACAAGUAAGGACUCAGGAAACAUGGUUCUUAGCUGUUGAUAGAAAUGGUGAUGCUGUUCAAAUUUUGGGUCAGCGAAAAGACCAAGGAUAUUUACAAUCUGUCCUAAUUCCCAGUAAAUGCUAUACGAUUGAAAAAUAUGCAUGCGGAAUUCCAGACCGAUAUCAGAAAUGGCUGGAUAAUGAGGUCUACAUAGCUGCUGGAAUGGCAUCAUCAAUUACAUCUAUCCAAGACACACAUACAAUUCCUGCAUGCUGGUUUACUUUCAUAACUAAAAAACAAAUCGCAGAUUACGUGGAUCGACAUGCAGAUUUUAUUGGUGUCUUCAGCAAACUUAUUAGGUGUACGAAGAAAAACAAAGAACCAUAUCUAUUACUAAUAUUAAAGAAUGAAUUAGGCGAGGAUAUUGCAAUAAGCUUAUGGAAAGAAUGCACGAACAUACCUUCAAAGUUUGAUGCUGUUGGUUUGGAAAAUACUGUUGCUCCCGUUGUUGUUGCGAUAACUAGUAUAAAGAUUUCAACCUAUGAUGGUUCCCUAAGACUUGGAACAAGCAGUGCAAGUCACCUAUACAUCAAUCCACCAAUUCCAGAAACACCGCUUCUAACGGACAGUUUCCGUACGUUUAGUGACUCCUCUAUAUUUUUCGACAUCCCAACACCAUUAGGAGACAUAUUACAAAGAGGUCAUCCUGAACUCCUGAACAAAAGUUUCACUACAAAAGCUGUCAUAACUGCGUAUGUAUUUUCUGAUUGUUGGUACCAAGUUCAAUGUCCAAAUUGCAAGAUCCCAGCUUUUAAACAGGGGAAAAGUUGGUUCUGUCCUUCAGAUGGUAUAAUCAAUGCACCAACUAUAAUGUUCAAGCUUAGUGCAACACUUACAGACGAAAAUAAUUCUAUAGUUGCUCUGCUCUCCGAUAACGCAGCACAAGACUUAUUCGGUUCUACAGCUGAUAAACUUGUACCAGACGAUGACAUAAACUGUAGAGGACAACUACCUGCAAUUGCCACUACUGUACAAGGAAUAGCCAAAAAAAUGAAACUUCGUAUCACAAACACAUCGACAGAUACGAACAUUCGCUUUAUGAUUACAGAUAUCGAAAAAAGUAACCCACAGGAAACAGCAUACCCAACAACACCAGCACCACAUCAUCGAUCUCCAUCAAAAGACAGCGAGAAAGACUGUUCUUCAGUUCCUCAACACAGUAGAGCAAACGUCAGAAGGUCAUUACCAUUUGAAAGCCAAGACACAUCAAAUACAAAGCGUAAAAGUGCACGCAAGAUAGAAUGAUCCAUCUCCCCUCCGACAUUGAUAAUGAUGACAUUAUCAGUUUUGCAUAAUAUGUAUAAACUAAAGUCCAG